GUUCAUCCGCGGUUUAAUUUGUAGGACGUCUGGUUUGAAAGUUCCGCUGAUAAAAGUGAGCGAAGUCUAAUUUGCCCGCCAUUAUUUCCGCGGAAAAUAUGCCUCUGCGAAUAUCCUUCGAAUGUUUCAUUGUUUACGUGCUUCGAGAUCCAUUACUUAGUUAACAGACAUGCGUAUCGAUCGUAUGUGGAGUAAAUCGGUCAAAUCUCCAGAACCUUCACCUAAAGUCUGUUCUCACCAAGAUGGCCAUGCUAAGGAUUUCUCAUCAUGUCAAAAUUAUCGGCAGUGUAGUUUUUUGAAACUGCAGUCGAAUCAUCCAUCCCACAGUAGAGCCGUGUCACGUUAAGAUUUCGCUCCAAGAUAUGAAUAACAUACUGAAGUCUAAAUGUAAAUUGCAGUUUCCUUAAUGUGUUAUGUAUGCACAAAUACUACUCAUUUGUGUAUUUUAUAUGAUAUCGGUGUGGAUUAUUUUUGAGCAUACACAUGGUUAAAGUUAGUAUGUGAUGCAUUCUGUUCAGCAGGACUGCCAGAUUUCACAUGUUUAGUGUAGAAUUUUGGUUGGAGAAUGCUCCCUACGGAAAAAAGGAAGACAUGAAUGUUGCGUCCCAAGUGGAACGUUUAACCUGCCCUACGAUUGUGUAUUAAAAAGGAGAGGAUUGUCAUACUGCAGUCCUGUAGUACUAGAUCACUAACUUUUGGUCUGUUAUGUGUAGGGUUGAUUAACGUGAUGGCAUCAGUCUUCUUCUAAGUUUAGCAAUUCCUGCACAAGUGCCAUACAAAAGUUUGGAAGCUCUCGUGCUUUUUAUUACAUGGAGAAGCCAAAUAUGUAUCGACUUGUUUUUGAAUUUCAUCAAAUGUUUUACUGUAUUUCAGUGAGAUCUUUUGUCGAAUACCUGAAUCAGUGACAGCUAUUUGAUGGUGUGCAUAAUUGCCCGAUGAACUAUUCAUUGCUUCUGAAUCACAAAUCCGUUUAUUUCUUAAGUCUUGUGGCUACUACUUAUCUGUAAGUUCCGUUUCUCCUUCAAACGUUCCUCUAACUUAAGUUGUACUAUCAUUGUGAUAUUGUAUUUUGUAGUAAUAAAGUGACUAGUACCUACUUUUAUGUAAAUUCAUUUUUAUACAGAUGGAUCCAUAUGCAGUGGUGUCUGCAGAUAUGUUUGAUAUACCGGCUGCAGAACAAGAAAUAACUCUUGGACCUACUGAACAAACAGUAAUAACGGAAGGCACUGUUUCGCCAGGAUCUGUCGCUCAAUCUGUUGUGUCUAGUGUUGGAACGAUCACUGUGGGCGCGGGUGGGACUUUAACUCUUCAGAAUGCAACAGGUGGCCAACGAGGUCCGCGAGUCAUUAUGUUGCAACGCAGUGGUACAGGAUCUCUACCCACUAUACCAAAUGCAACUGUUCAACGCGCAGGCAUAAAGGCUCUAAAAAUAAUAACCAUGCCAGGCCAAGGAACUACAGGAAAGCCAAUUAGAGCUGCUGUGAUUCCCAUGCACGUGUUGCAGCGGACAGUCAAAGUGAUUCCUUCUGGAGGCCAACAGACGGUUAAUUCCAGUGGUAUUACCGUCACAUCAAGUUUUCCACGUGUUCUAACCAUCCGCCCUCAGGUGUCAUCUGGGCCCACAGUCCUGACAGGUGCUACUACUCUAACAUCUGUGAGACCGGGUACAAUAAUUUUUUCUGGUACACCUACAACACAAUUUACACCACCUACUAUCCAAUAUCAGAAUUCGGAAGAUAUCGAGAAUCAGAUGGUUUUAACUUCAGGAGGUGAACUUAUUAAUGGAACCCCUCACGGUGUUAUUACAGCCCCAGCUGGUUAUUAUGAUACUAAUAUGCAAACUACUACUACCGCUGCUGGAUAUGAACAUCCAGCUAGUCCAUCUGGACGAGAAUCAGGGGAUGAACAAGAACAGGUUACAACUAGUUUGAAAACUAAUGGUCUUCGGCGUUAUGCUCGUUGUGUGUGCAAUAAAGUCAAAGAAAAAGGAAUUACUUCUUACAGUGAAGUUGCUGAUGAACUUGUUCAUGAAUAUGCUGCAGAACAUCCUAUGAUUCCAUCUGAACAGCUUCAUUAUAUUCAGAAAAAUAUCCGUCGACGUGUUUAUGACGCACUGAAUGUUCUUAUGGCGUUGAAUGUAUUGCAAAAAGAAAAAAAAGAAAUACGUUGGGUAGGAUUACCUGUGAAUAUGGUAGAAGAAUGUCGGCGUUUGGAGGAAGAGCGUGAAAAGCGACAGGUUUCUUUGCGAAACAAGACUCUGGAAAUUCAAGAACUUAUUAUGCAGCUGAUUGCAUUCAAAAACCUUGUAAUGCGCAAUAAAAUCAAUGAACGCUGCAGAAACCGCAUUGUAACAGAGUCUGGGGAUUCGUGCAUUACUAUUAAUCUAGAUAAUGGGGCUCCUACAGUUCGAAAUGAAAAAAUACCAUUACCGUUUCUGGUGAUAUCUACACAUAAGAAAACUGUCAUUGAUUGCAACAUAUCCAAUGACAAAUUGGAAUACUUAUUCAAUUUCGAUCAAGCCUAUGAGAUCCGUAAUGAAGUUGAUACAUUAAAACGGAUGGGUUUAAUGCUGCGUCUGGGUACUGUUCAUUGUACCCAGGAAGAAUAUAACCAGUGCUUAGAGCUAGUACCACCAUCUCUCCGGUUUUAUGUGGAGGCGAUCUAUGAGAGACGCCAGGCAAUUGUUCCAGAUUUUGAGGCUCUCCAUCAACAGAGGAGAUUGUUUGUGGAAGCCAGAUUAGCUGCAGCAUCUGCAGUGGGGCAAACAGAAGAUAGUGAUCCAAUGGGAUCAGGUGGUCAUGGGGGGUCAGUUAAUAUGCAUCAGCAACUCGAUCAUUCAGGCAUGGGUCAUUCAAUGCGAAAUAGUGAGCGAUCGCCGUUGGAUACAAGUACGCAUUAUGCUGGCCUGUUUGAUACAGGUAAUGCAGGCGAAGGAGAUAUGAGACAAAUAUACUUGAACAGAAGUCCAGAUGAAGAAGAUGGUCAUCUUACGGGGUCUGUUUCCAAUAGUGGAUUUGUUCCAGGUGAUACUCAGCAUUAUGCUCGUGCUGCAGCUUCUCGUGGUUAUGUUGUUCCUGGAGGUCCUGGUGGCCUUCUACGACAUCGACAGCAUACUCCGUCUUCAGGGGUCCCUAACAUUCUAAGUCGACAGUUUGGCAAUGAUGGCUCUUCUCGCCUAGGCUCAUCCACCCUGGUACGAACCUUAAUCAGCGAUACGCGUGAACUAUCUGCUUCUGUGAUGGAUGUUAGCAACGACCAUCCAAUGGCUCGUAGCGAUGAUGCAAAUGAUGAUCUGGUAGAUCCAGAUGAAAUGAUUGAAGAUCAUGAUGAUGAAGAUGAGGAUGAUGACGAUAUGGAAGAUGUGUGAAUCUGAGUUACGAGGUUGUCAUGUCUUCGUCCUUGCAAUACUACCUUAUUUUAUCAUAAAUUUACGUCUAUCACAUGAUUUUGUACAUCAGAUUUUCAUCAUUUACAAUUAAGUCAUAGUAUCAAAAUUUUCUUCUGAACUAUUUGCGUGACAACUUUGAUUUUUAUGAACUCAAAUAUAUUUAUGACUGAGGCUGUUUGUAUUUUUAUUAUUCUCCUUUUAUUAUUCUUCUCUCUUGCAUUUGACAGUCUACUCCUAUAUAAUAUUCAUGGUCACCUUUUUCCUCGUCUGCUUAUUGCUGUUCCCUUGAUAACAAUGUUCGCGUUAGCAAGAAUAAACAUUUUGUAUAGUACACUGCUUUCUGUGCGUAAUCACAAAUUUUUUACUUGUAAAAUGUAUCGUGGUUAUGGAACUUUAUUUUUUUUUCUUGGAAUGUUGCCGUGUAAUUUGUAGACGCUGUGGUGUGUGGAUUGUCAAUCCCAUUAACAAGAUUAGGAGAGAAGUACAUGUUCUCAUGG